AUGCGAGAUCCAGGUAGCGGUUCACAAGAAGAAUAUGAUAAUGGUGACGACGACGAUGAUGUCGAUGUUGAUGAUGGUGAUAUAGAUGACGACGACGACGACGACGUUGAUCAUGAUGAUGCUGAUGAUGAUGGUGGGGAUGAUGAUGUUGAUGAUGAUGAUAAUGGUGAUGAUGAUGCUGAUGCUGAUGACGAUGAUGCUGAUGAUUGUGACGACGACGAUGACGUGGAUGAUGAGGGUUGUGAGGACGACGGCGAUAAUGAUGAUUAUCAUCGUGAUGAUGAUCGUGAUGAUGAUGAUGAUGUUGAAGAAGAUGAUGAUGAUGGUGAUGAUGAUGAUGUUGAGGAUGAUGCUGACGAUCAUGAUGGCGAUAAUGAUAAUGGUGAUAUUGGUGACGACGCCGAUGUUGAUCAUGAUGAUGCUGAUGAUGAUGCUGGUGAUGAUGAUGAGGAUAAUGAUGAUGAUGUUGACCAUGACUAUGAUGGUGACGGUGAAGGUGACCAAUAUGAUGACGAUGACGAUGAUGGUGGUGAUGUUGAUGAGGAUGAUGAUGAGUGUGAUGAUGGUGAUGAUGAUGAUGAUGAUGAUGAUUGCGAAGACGUCGACGACGAUGACGAUGAUGAUCAUGAUGAUGGUGAUGAUGAAGAUGAUAGAAAUGCUGGUGAUGAUUGUGAUGAUGAUGAUUGA